ACAUGGACGACUCUGUAAUUUACUUCAUAUAUAUUUUUGACUUUUAUUUUUUUAUUUUUUAAAAUGUUGUACUCGACUCUACUUGCUGUUCUUCCUUCCGCACUUGUUAAUGCUUCAUCAUACUACAGAAAAGGUAGCUUUUCGCCUUUCGGUGGCAGCCGACUUUUUAUUUGUCUGCGUCUAGCCUUUCUUUUAUUGGAAAAUAAGUUCAGAUCCGUCCUAAAAUUUCAAUCUUUCGGUUGGGUCUUCUGUCUUUUCUUGUUCGAAUCUUCCAUGAAUCAGUUAUCUGUUCUGUUGCGAAUCGAAUGACGUUUUGCCCCUGAAUUGGAUGUUUGGACUGCUUUUGUUUCUGGAUGAUCAGUCCUGAGUUCGGGGCAGCAUUUUCGGUUUCACUUUUGAGGACUGGAGUCUGUUUUCUUCUGGAUGAUCGAUUUAUUUUAUGACAGCCAUCUCGGGGUGUUGUUCACGCUUAAGCAGUUGUGCUGAGCAUGGCUACAGGGAGGAUAUCUCUUCAAGUUCAGAGGGAUUCCCGAGGGUACACAACUGUUUUGGCUUCUGCUGUUCUUGAAUGGUUGUUGAUCUUUCUGUUGUUCAUCAAUGCGGCGUUCUCGUACUUGUUAACAAAAUUUGCACGCUAUUUUGAGUUGCAAGUCCCCUGUGUGCUAUGCUCAAGGCUUGAUCAUGUUUUUGGCAAUGAGCAACCUGGAUUCUACAAAGAUCUAAUAUGUAGUAAACAUAAGUCAGAGAUCUCAUCGUUGGUUCUUUGUCAUAUUCAUGGUAAGCUUGCUGAUGUCCAUGAAAUGUGUGAAGGUUGCCUUUUUUCCCUCGCUGCAGAGAAGCCCGACACUGAGGCAUACAGGUUGUUGGUCGGAAAACUGGGGAUGGAUACUGAACAUUGUUUUGAUCAGGACCCACUGAUUCAAGAGCCCACUAGUGAUUCUCUGAAUACCAAACACUGUUCUUGUUGCAAUGAGCCUUGGAGGUCAAGGUCUUCCAUGCAUAAAUUUCUCCAGACCAAAUUGAAUGGGUCUAAGUUUGCAGAAUUUGAUCUUCCUUUGCCACAUUCAAUUGGACCUGGUCAUUUGCACCAUCAGGAAGUCUUGAAGAAGAGAAGGGGGAAAUCAUCAGGUUCAGUGUUAAUCUCUAAUCAGAGAGGUCAUGGUUUUGACCAUUUAUCUCAUGUAGGAUACACUGGGCUCAAGAUAACAUCUGAUUCAGAAUCAGAGGUCCAUAUUUCUGAUGAUGACAAUAAUGAUGAAAUAGCUCUCACUGGUGAAACUGAAAGUCUGAAGGAAGAGUUUGUAGCUCAAUGUGUAAAACCAGAGACUCCUAUAAUUUCAGAGAUGUUACCCAAAAGUCUAAGCAAUGAUUUCAUCCCUGAGAAGCUGAUUCAUCGAGUUUCUACAGCCGACUCUUCACUUUUGGUUCCACAUGUGCAACUUGAUGGCAAGUAUCAAGUUAAUGAAACCAAUGAUAUCAGGGAAGACUUCCAAGCUCACUCUUCACAGUCAGAGUCUUUUACCAAUUGUUCAGAGAAACUACACAAAGAUCCAUCUGAUGAUUUGACCUCACAGAAGCUGAUUGAUCAAUCUUCUGCAAACGAAUCUUUAUUAGUUCCAUCUGUGCAACUUGAUGAAGGUGAACCCUGCAAGGUGGAACCUUCAUCAUCCAGUGCUAUAGAGCAUGGUUUAGAGGAGCUUAACUGGCACCAAGUUGAAAGGAAGGCCAACCCUUCUGCACCACCUGAGCCUAUCUCACCAGAUGUUGUUACUGCAUCAUCCAAUGCUGCUGAAGCUCCUACUGACAUAUCAGGGGCUAAUUUAGAUGUUACCGGAACUAGUGGCAUUGAGAAAACUCCUAUUGCAGAGGGUACAACAGUCUGUAAGCCAGAAAAUGUGCUGACAACAGCUACCGAACAAUAUUUAAAAGCAGACCAGAUUUCAAAUGAUCCUGGUUCAACAGUGCUCAAUUAUAUGGAUCUUAGUGAUGCUUACAAGUUGGCCAUUAGUAACAGGGGAAGUCAAAUAUCUGGUAUGCUUGAAAAACAACUUAGUGGUAAGGAUUCCUCAAGAGUUAGUGAAGAUCUCAAGCUGUUAUUGUCACAAAUAUCUGCUUCUCGAGGGCUUGAGUUACCAUUUAAUGAGAUGAGUCCUCGAGUAUAUGGAAUUGGCGAUGAAUCAAAGAUUUCAGAUUCUUCUAGCUAUGCAGGAAUGCAGAUACUCCAAAAGAGAAUCUCACUGGAAAGAAAUGAGUCUGGUCUUGAGUCCUGGGAUGGAAGCAUUAUCAGUGAAUUUGAAGGUGAAAGCAUUGUUGAUCGCUUGAAACGACAGGUUGAGUAUGACCGGAAAUCUAUGAGUGCUUUGUACAAGGAAUUGGAAGAAGAACGGAAUGCUUCAGCAAUUGCUGCAAAUCAAGCAAUGGCUAUGAUUACUAGGUUGCAAGAGGAGAAAGCAGCACUUCAUAUGGAGGCUUUGCAAUACCUACGAAUGAUGGAAGAGCAGUCAGAGUAUGACAUGGAAGCACUGCAGAAAGCAAAUAGCCUCCUUGCUGAAAGGGAGAAAAUGAUACAAGAUCUGGAAACAGAGCUUGAAUUUUAUAAGAAAAAGUUCCCAACUGAUUCCGUGGUGGAGGAAAUACAAGAACAAAUUUGUGAUUUAAAGGGAGGAGACAUGAGAUUGGAGCAUUCAGAUCUAAGUGGCACAGAAACUAGCACUACAGUUUCUUGUAAUUCAACAUUUAUUAAGAAAUGUGAAGGUAGUGAUAAUCCUGAAGGAACUGAUUUGGUGCAUGGAGAUAAUGACAUGAUCAUUACCAAGGACCCAUUAUUAGAUUUUGAAGAUGAAAGGUUGUACAUAUCUCAGUGUUUGAAGAAGUUGGAGAAAAAGUUGUAUCUAUUUUCUAAUAAUGGAGUUCAUGUUAGCAUGUGCAAUGGUAGUUAUUCUGGAAGUGAAGCACAUGUUCUGGAAAAGCUUCAUAAUGAAAAGAUGAUCCAGGGAUAUGUACAAGAAGAGGUCAACUCAUCUUUGCAGAAAGAUCAAUUUCUAUCCAGAGGAAGUCCUCCUGCUGAAGAAAGCUCUAGUCCCUCUUUUGGGGACCCUUUAUUUGGCAGCAAAAGCAAUCAUCAUGUUGAUGGUGAUGGGGAACAUUCCUCCAUUGUUGGUAGAGAGACUGAUUUAAUUGCUUUUGCAAAUGAAAUGUCAGACCUGAAUUACAGGUUGGAAUCAUUGGAGGCUGACCAGAACUUUCUUGAGCACAGCAUUAAUUCACUUCAAAAUGAGGAUGAAGGUUUGCAAUUUAUUCAGGAGAUAGCUCAUCAUCUACGAGAACUGCGGAGGAUUUUGAUGAGAAGAAGAGGGCAAGCUGUUGCUUGAGUCUUUUGUUCUGACGUGUUGAAGAUACCUCGUGAAAGAUGGGAGUUGACAUUCCUGAAGACAGAAAGUGAAAAUUAUCAGUCAAAACAUGUCUAAAGAGGGGAAGCUGUUAUCUUGCAUCCACGACUUUGCCUGAGGCGGCGAGGAGUCAAUGAUCAAAGAGAAGAUUGUAUAUACAAUAUUACCAACUUGGUUGUUCCUGAUAAUUGACGGACCCAAGGAGUUUGGUAUCAAGCAUUGAGGUGUUCUUUUUGGGAUUUCUUUUCCUUUAUUUUCUAAUGGAGUUGGUUCUUUCAUUUGUCAUGCUUUUCUUCUUUACCUUGGUUUAUGUAGAUUGCUUAUAGAGUGCAAGUGUGAUUUUUGUAAUUCCUUUUUGAAAAGUAAGUGAUUAAAAUGUAGAAGGGGUAGUAUUUGUGUGCAAAGAUAGUUGGUGAUUUUGACUCUUCUUAAGGUUGGUUUCUGUCAACCAACAUACAACCAUUGUAUAUUCAAAUAGUUCAAGAUUUUACUUGGUUAUAGUGAUUUUAGACAAUAUUUUUUCCAGAAUUUUCUACA